AUGGGCGCUCUCCCCUCCCCUCGUGGCCUUUCUUCUCUCCCCUCCCAUCGUCUGCUCGCUCUCCCUCCCGUCGCCUUCUUCUCUCCCCUCCCGUCGCCUGCUUGCUCUCCCUCCCGUCACCUUCUUCUCUCCCCUCCCGUCGCCUUCACGCUCUCUCCCCCGUUGCCUUCGCGAUCUCCCUCCCGUCGACUGCGCGCUCUCCCUUCCGUCGCCUUCGCGCUCUCUCCCUCGUGGCCUUCUCGCUCUCCAUCCCAUCGCAUGGGCGCUCUCCCUCCCGUCGCCCUUGCAAUUUCCCCUCUCUUCCCGUCGCCCACUUCAUCUCCUAUCGCUCACGUCCUCCCUUCCCGUCGGCAUCGCGCUCACGUUCCUCCCUCCACUCGACAUCGCCCUCACGUCCUCCCGUCCCGUCGUUCGCCUCCUCUCUCCCAUCCCGUCGUUCACCUCUUCUCCCCUCCCACCCCAUCGUUCGCUUCCUCUCCCCUCCCAUCCCGUCUUUCGCCUCCUCUCCCCUCCCAUUCCGUCGUUCCUCCUCUCUCCCCUUUCUUCCCCCCCAAGUCCAAGGAUAUGUAUUUUAGCGCAGCUCUGCUCUCAUCUCUUGCAUAUGGGUGUGUGCUGGAUUUUCCCUGUGUUGCUGAUUGA